AUGCUGAAAGCAGAAAUAGAAAGGAGCACGCUUCACAAUAGUUGGAUUGAAAGAUGUGGUGUAGAUAACACGUUGAUUACGCUUAUCAGAUGGAUAAGUCACAAAGAUCCAACGGUAGCUGCAAGUAUUUUGCUGGACUGCAACGAUGCCUCAGCAGUACUUCUUAGUACAGGCAAGCUCAGACUGUGUCUCUAUGAUGGUCAGAAGCUAAUCGUUCCAAAGCAACUCAAAGGAGAAUCAAAUCAGAUUGUCUUUCAGUCAAGAACGCCACCAUCAGUAGAAGGAAAGAGAAUUAGACUGGCAUUGAAAAGUCUACGCAAACGACAAGACGUCGCCUUCGAAGCAAAGCCAAGAAACGAAGACUUCUUAGAAGACACAAGGAGUAAAGAGAGCGACUGCUAUCGGAAUUAG